UUCGCUUCGGUUGCUUUCGCUUUCGACGCGACGUUUCACUUGGCGCGUAUUUGAAUCGCGUUGCGACUGAGUGCAGUUAAUUCAAAUUUAUUAAAAUAAGAGAAAAAAACAUCAUUGGGAUUUACUGCAAUGGUGCGAAGCAGUUUAAGCGGCGGGCGCUGGUCGCCGGCUAAUUGAUGGAAGGACCACAGCCUAAAAUCAGAUAGUGCAAAUCGUUAAAUUGAACAAGACACAGCGAUGCCAGCCAAGGUACGGUCGCCAGCCGACUACGACUCGCAGGAUGAGGCAAACACUGAGCUGCUGGAGAAGCUUAAGCAUUUGGAUCGCCGUGCAGAGGCCGUCGAGAGCGGCAAUGGCAUCUGCAGUCGCAGCUCCGCCUGCUGGCAAUCGCUCAAAUUGAAAUCAGCUUUGAAUCAUAUCGGACUACUCGUCUCCCUGUCCAUCUACUGUGGCGUGGGCGGACUGAUCUUUCGCCAUCUGGAGCGCCCGGCGGAGGUGGCGCGCCUCACACAGCUGAAGGAUGUGGUCAAGACGCAGCGGGAGCGCUUCAUGAACACCAUAUUGAACAACACCGAGGUGAACAAUCUCAAUGAGCUGCUCUCCUUCGAACUGGCCAAAUACGAAGCGGCCGUACAACAGGCUGCCGAAGGCGGGCUGCUAAUCGUAGCCGACAAAGACUUUCCAGAGCCCUACGAGCGCUGGAGCAUACUGCAAGCUGUGUUCUUCUCAUCGACUGUGUUAACCACUAUAGGCUAUGGCAAUAUAGUGCCGGUAACGACCAGCGGUCGUGUCUUCUGCAUUUGUUUUGCACUCAUUGGAAUACCCUUCACACUGACGGUCAUUGCCGACUGGGGUCGACUCUUUGCCAGCGCUGUGUCCGUGUUUGGCAAGCAUAUGCCAACGAAGCCAAAGUUUACAAACUUCAUCGGCAAGACCUGGUUCUAUGCGAUUCUGGCAGUUGGCUUUCUGGGUGUCUAUCUGGCCGCUGGGGCUGGGCUGUUGCUGCUCUGGGAGGACGAUUGGACGUUCUUUGAUGGCUUCUACUUUUGCUUCAUAACCAUGACAACGAUUGGAUUUGGUGAUCUGGUGCCCAAGAAACCCAACUAUAUGCUGCUGUGCACGCUCUACAUACUGAUUGGACUGGCGCUAACAUCGACCAUCAUUGAGCUGGUGCGGCGCCAGUACGCGACCAGCUGGGCCAAGCUGCAGGAGCUGUCCGGUCCAAUGGCGGAGACGCUGCGACGCCUGGGCGAAACGGCGGGCACGGGCCUUGACUACACCACGCUGCAAAAAGUUUUAACUGUCUCCAUGCCCAAGUGGAACAGCAACAAGAAGAGCGAGCACAAUUCAGACAUUGCUGCACUGGAGGCCAUCACGAAUGCCAUACUCAAGGAGGUGAAGGAGGCGCAGAAUAGCAAGCCCAAGGUGCUGCAAAUCGUCAUCUACGAGUCGUCCGUCUAACCCCCUAUCAACAUGGAUAGCUCUUGUAGCAUACUUUUAGACCUAGGCACAUAAGCCCCAACUAUAUCAUAUGUUAGAGAUCUUUGUAUUUAUGUUAGUUAGGCUUUGCAUAAUACCCAUAUAGUUGUUGUUAUGCUUCCAUUUGUAUGUGUGUGCGUGUGUGUGUGCGUGUGUGCGUGGGUGUGUGAGCGUGUGUAGUUGUGUGUUUGUCAAUGGGCAGCAAUAUGUAAGCUCUGUGCCCUUCUUGUCCAGUGUUGUCCAGCCAACGACUUCCAUAAGCUAAUUUCUAAAUCUAAUUAAUUGUAAACGAGGGCCGAUC